AAUCGAAUCUUUCCCUUUUAUAUUAUUCUUCAUUAAUACUCUGGUAAAAGGAAUAUUGGACUUUGGGCCUAUAUCCGUGCCUUGAAGUUGAACCCAGCCAACAAAGAGAGAAGCGGCGACGAAGAGGCACAGAGAAAGAGGAGAUGGGAGUAACCAAGGAGCAAGUUGAAUCGUCGUUGACUUCAAAAUUGAAGCCGUCUCAUCUGGAAGUAAUUGAUACAUCUGGAGGGUGUGGUGCAAGUUUUGCAAUUGAGAUUGUUUCUGAACAAUUCGAAGGGAAGAGGCUUCUGGAGAGGCAUAGAAUAGUGAAUGGUGCUCUGGAAGAGGAGAUGAAGCAAAUCCAUGCUCUCUCAAUAAAGAAAGCUCUGACCCCCGAGCAGUGGAAACAGCAGCAAGAGUCAAAAAAAAUCUAAAGCAGCUUAGAAAGAUACUCCAGUAAAAUUUGGAGGAUCUAAAUAAGAGUUCAUGUAGCCACUUGAGAAAUAGUAUUUGAACUCAGAUAACUUGAAAAGAACUGCUGAUACUAGAAAUAUCAAAGCAUCGUUUUACCGUAGCUUAAAUUUGACUACCUUUGAUA